UCCCCUUCCACCACGCCGCCGGGAAAAACCAAAAGUGGUACGUUAGCAAAUUUGAAAAUUCAAAAAAGAUUGAAAACUUCCACGCCAAGGGAUUGCCUUUCCCGGAAAAAUCAAAACGACACCUUACGCGCCUUAUUUCUCUUUCUCCUUCUCUUUCUAAUCCGUUCGUUGAGUCGGGAAGAUUAUCUUUCUGACGGAUUCCUGCAGCUUUUCUUCGGUGCCCCGACUUGUCUUCCCACCCGCCCUCUCUCUCUCUUCGCCACAGAAAGCGCAUAGACCAUCUCGGCCGUCACGUGUCAAGUCGCUCGAGCCAGCAGAUUGAUUUGCAGCUCUGGAGAAAGGGGAUGGACCUAGAAGACAAAAAUCUCCACAAACCUCUUCUACCUUCUUCUGACACUGUGGUAGUUCCCUUGCCUGAGGCAUCACCAAAGAAAAGUGGUAUUAUAAAAAAUGCCGUGUUUAAAAUUCGAGGCAUUGAAUGUGCCACUUGUGCUUCAUCCAUUGAGUCUUCAGUGAGAAAUCUUCCAGGUAUUAUUAAUGUUGCAGUGUCGAUCCUUCAAGGCCAGGUUCUUGUCAGAUACACACCUGAGAUUAUUAAUGUCAAAGAAAUAAAAGAAGCUAUAGAAGAUUCAGGAUUCCAGGUGGAGAUGUUGGAUUUACAAGAUAUAGCAGUAUGUCGACUCAGAAUCAUAGGGAUGGCUUGUACCAGCUGCUCUGAGUCUAUAGAGCGAUCCCUUAUGAUGGUUGAUGGAGUAAAAAAAGCUGUUGUUGGCCUAGCUAUUGAGGAAGCAAGAAUCCAUUUUGAUCCCAGUGUGACCAAUCCUGAACAGCUAAUGCAAGCUGUUGACUCCGCAGGUUUUGAAGCGGAUAUCAUAAGCUCUGGGGAUGAGAUGAACAAAGUGCAUCUUAAAAUUGAAGGACUCAGUUCUGAGACAGAAGGCAGAUAUAUUCAGGCUGCACUUGAGUCGACAUCGGGCGUAAGCCAUGUGGAAUUGGACUUGCCAGGAAGCAGAGUCACCAUUAUAUAUGAUCCGGAUCUGACUGGCCCUAGGUCACUAAUUGAGUGCAUUCAAGGAGCUGGCCACGGAUCACACUUCUAUAAAGCAAGCUUGUGUGCUCCUCCAAGACACAGAGAAAAUGCACGUCUGGAUGAGACACGAAUUUACAGGAACCAGUUUCUUUGGAGCUGGAUGUUUUCUAUUCCAGUUGUUAUGUUCUCCAUGGUUUUUCCAAUGCUUCAUCCUUUUGGAGACUGGUUGAACUCCAGGAUUUAUAACAUGCUUACCCUUGGAAUGGUACUGAGGUGGAUCCUCUGUACCCCAGUUCAGUUCAUUAUUGGUAGACGGUUUUAUAUUGGAUCCUAUCAUGCACUGAAACGUGGCUCUGCAAAUAUGGAUGUGCUGGUAGCGUUGGGCACAAAUGCUGCAUACUUUUAUUCUGUCUAUACAGUCAUGAAAGCUGCUACUUCUGAUGCAUUUCAAGGGCAGGAUUUCUUUGAGACAAGUGUCAUGUUAAUAUCAUUUAUUCUUUUGGGUAAAUAUUUGGAGGUUGUGGCAAAAGGGAAGACAUCAGAUGCUCUAGCCAAGCUUGUGGGUCUUGCUCCUGACACUGCCUUUCUGCUAGACUUGGAUUCAGUUGGGAGUGUGAUAUCUGAAAUGGAGAUUAGUACCCAGCUGAUACAGAGAAAUGAUGUAAUUAAGAUCCUUCCUGGUGCAAAAGUUCCUGUUGAUGGUGUUGUAAUAAGGGGCCAGAGCCAUGUGAAUGAGAGCAUGAUUACAGGGGAAGCAACUCCUGUUGCUAAGAGGCCUGGAGAUAAGGUUAUUGGGGGAACAAUGAAUGAGAACGGGUGUUUACUGGUUAAAGCUACUCAUGUUGGAUCUGAGACUGCAUUGUCCAAGAUUGUUCAGCUUGUAGAGGCAGCUCAGAUGGCUAGAGCACCAGUUCAAAAGUUGGCAGACCGUAUCUCCAGGUUCUUUGUUCCCAUGGUUGUAGUGGCAGCACUAAUUACUUGGCUUGGAUGGUUCAUACCUGGUGAAGCUGGGGUUUACCCAAAGAGAUGGAUUCCAAAGGCAAUGGAUACGUUUGAGUUAGCAUUACAAUUUGGAAUUUCUGUACUGGUUGUUGCUUGCCCAUGUGCUCUUGGGCUUGCAACUCCAACUGCUGUUAUGGUUGCCACUGGGAAAGGAGCUUCUCAGGGUGUUUUAAUCAAAGGUGGAAAUGCACUUGAAAAUGCACAUAAGGUGAAGGCUGUCGUGUUUGAUAAAACUGGAACACUUACUGUUGGGAAGCCAUUUGUCGUUAGCACAAUGCGGUUCUCUAAUGUACCGGUCCAGGAACUUUGUGACAUGGCUGCAGCUGCUGAGGCAUACAGUGAACAUCCUCUUGCAAAGGCAGUGGUGGAGCAUGCCAAGAACCUAAGGCACCAGUAUGGUUCAACAAUUGCUCCAUCACUUGACACAAAAGACUUUCAGGCCCAUCCUGGCACUGGAGUAAGUGUUACCAUUGGCAAUAGGAAGGUUCUGGUCGGAAACAAAAGGCUAAUGCUUGAUGCCAAUAUUGAAUUGUCUCAUGAAGUUGAAUAUUAUAUUACUGGUGCUGAGCAACUUGCACGAACAUGCAUACUAGUUGCCAUAGAAGGAAAAGUCGUUGGAGCUUUUGCAGUUACUGAUCCUGUAAAACCAGAAGCUGAGCGGGUUGUCUCAUUUCUCCGUUCUAUGCAUAUAUCUAGCAUCAUGGUAACUGGAGAUAACUGGGCUACAGCUGCAGCAGUUGCUAAGGAGGUUGGCAUACACAGUGUUUUUGCUGAGACAGAUCCCUUAGGCAAAGCUGAAAAAAUUAAGGAGCUUCAGAUGAAAGGGGUGACAGUAGCAAUGGUUGGUGAUGGUAUAAACGACUCACCUGCUCUGGCCGCUGCUGAUGUUGGUAUGGCAAUUGGUGCUGGGACUGAUGUUGCUAUAGAAGCAGCUGACAUUGUUUUGAUAAAGAGCAAUCUUGAAGAUGUUGUCACUGCAAUUGAUCUAUCAAGAAAAACGUUAUCAAGAAUCCGGCUGAACUAUGUGUGGGCUCUGGGUUACAAUGUUCUGGGAUUGCCAAUAGCUGCUGGAAUUCUUUUUCCAUUCACUGGAAUCAGGCUACCACCUUGGCUUGCUGGUGCUUGCAUGGCUGCUUCAUCGCUUAGUGUAGUUUGCUCUUCUCUACUCCUUCAAUCUUAUAGGAAGCCUUUACACGUCCAAGACAAUCAGGACGAUGUACAUUAUUCAAAUUCUGUAUGAAAUGUAACAGAUUCUUAAUUGUGAAACUGCUUCGGCACCAUCAACAUGACCUGGUAAUGACUUCAAGUUGUCGCUUCAAAUAAGUGAUGGUGGAAAGGAACAUCCCAUGUUUA